AGAAAUACGCAGCUAGGGUGCGGUGUGCUCAGCGAGAGGGAGGCUCGAGGCGCGACGCAUGGCGCAACUGCGAGCAAUACGGGCUUUACGGGAAGGCUAACCAAUGGCGGGCAGCACCGAGCACAUGUAGGCAGACAACGGCGCGACAUCAGAGAGAUGAAAUGGGAACAUGUUCCGUUGCUGUACAUACUGGGACUCGAAAAGGCAACUAGUCACCCUCUUGUCUGGCACAUCGACUGGCGAGUUGGGCGUCUGACUACACUGUAG